AUGUUGCAGAUGACUCAGCAGUGCUUUCAAAAUGAAUAUUUUGAUAGUUUGCUGCACACUUGCAAACCUUGUCAACUUCGAUGUGCGAAUACUCCUCCUCUGAUAUGUCAACAAUAUUGUAAUGCAAGUCUGCCCAAUUCCAUGAAAGGAACAAAUGUGAUUCUCUGGACCUGUUUGGGCCUGAGUUUGACCGUUUCUUUGGCAGUUUUCAUGCUGAUGUUCUUGCUAAGGAAGAUGAACUCUGAACCACUCAAGGAUGAGCUUAAAAGCACAGGAUCAGUUCUCCCAGGCAUGGCUAAUGCUGACUUUGACAACAGCAACACUGGUGAUAAAAAUAUUCUUCAGAGAGGCCUGGGGUACACAGUAGAAGAAUGUACCUGUGAAGACUGUACCACAAGCAAACCAAAGAUGGAUUCUGACCAUUUCUUUCCACUCCCAGUCAUGGAGGAAGGUGCAACCAUACUUGUAACCACGAAAACGAAAGACUAUUGCAAUGGUCUGGCAUCUGCUUUGAGUGUUACAGAGACAGAGAUACCAGUUUCUACUAGAUAA